AUGGAAAAAGGAGCAACCAAAUCUAAAGGAAACACGAAAAGUAAUGAAAACGAAGAAGUUCUCAAUAAUUUUUUUGAUCAAAACGCAGAAAAGAAAAAGUACCUGUGUAUUGGGAAGAUGCUUGAGAAAUUAGAAGAAAUGGGCAUUUUACCGUUGGAAAAUCCCAAUUUGAAAGGAUUUAUGGACUUUAUUAGUACCAAGGGCAAUAAAUUGACAAGAGAAGAAUUCAUUAAAGCGGUGGGAUUGACUGGCGAUUUGAUAACUAAAGCACUAACUAAUAGUUUGUCAAUUCCUAAUUUUCAAGAAUUUAAAUAUGUACUCAAAAGGAUAUUCGAUAUAUGCAGGAGUGAUGACAGAGGAGAAGUGUUUUAUUUGACUUUAGCGGUUCCCAAAUUUGAUAUGGAUACUUGGACAGCUGCCGUGUUCACGAUAAGUGGAAGGGCGGCCUAUUUCGGAGAUAUUGAAGUCAAAUUCACCAUACAAUCAGCCAUAAAACCCAUAAUGUAUGCCUUAGCCGUAGAACUUUUGGGAGUGGAAGAAGUGAUGAAGAUUGUUGGAAUGACUUAUCACAUGGGUAAACCAACUGAACUCAAUUCUUUCAACGAAAAAGGUAUUCCAAAGAACGCUAACAUAAACACAGGAGGAAUAGCUUUAUGCUCGUACAUCAGAAACGUGGCAUUGAAAAAUAAGACGAAGGCGCAAGUCUUCGACUACGUACUGAAUUUUUUAAAGGAUUUGGCAGGUGGUAAAUAUGUCAGCUUCAGCAACUUAUCUUACAUGGCAGAAAAGGAGUCAAUGUCCAAAAACAAAUCUAUAAUUUAUCAUCUAAAGAAGAAGAAAUGUCUGGCUGAAAAUGCUAAUUUAGAUGAUUUGGAAUUUUAUUUCACGACAUGUUCCUUUGAAGUAGACGCUCAUAGCUUUAGUACAAUGGGAGCUACUAUUGCCAAUUAUGGAAUAAAUCCAGUAACUAAAAAACAAGUCCUCAAGGUAGAAACUUGCAAAUAUACAAUGGCCAUGAUGCAAUACUGUACCCCAACACCUACUUGGAUCAGAGAUGUAGGAUUACCAGCGGCCAGGGGAGCAUCGGGUGCUUUUCUACUUAUUUUACCAAGGCAGUUUGCAAUAUGCCUCUUUUCACCAAGAAUCGAUAACUACUACAGCAGUUAUAGAGCGAAAAGUUUUUGCCAAGCCCUUGCCUAUCACUACAACCUCAACAUAUUUCAUGUUAAGUCACGCCUCGAAAAAGAGACCGAAGAAAGGAAAAGUAUCAAAGUCCUGAAGCCAUGCCAAUGGCAUUGCGUCCUCUACGCCAUUGCCAGCAGUGGAACUGCCGUCGAUUUAGCAAGCAUGAUAACAGACGACACCAAACUAUGCCUUGUCAACUAUUUGGGAAGAAAUCUUCUCCACGAUGCUGCAGCUGCAGGAAAUAUGCAGUGUGUGUCGUUUUUCAUGCAGUCGUGUCCACACAUGCUUGAGAAGAAAGACCCCAUGGGUUUUACGCCCCUCGAUGAUGCGAAAUUUUUCAAACAAGAAGUAGUCAUUGAAUACUUAGAGAAAUGGAUUUCUCUAAAAACAGGCAUUCCUGCAUCAAAUAAUGAAUGA